GGCUAUCAGACCCAGAGCGGCUCUGAUCAGACCACCAGACCAUCAACAACAAUGCCCUAUAUAGUCUGGAGCAAUAACCUCCACAGCCUUCGCACACGGGCUUCUGCUAGCCGCUAGUGACCGUGUUCAUAUUUUAGACUACCUGUCGGACGAAGGCGAAUUCACACACUCCCCUUCUAAGUUAGCAUCGUUCUUCCUGGUUUCGGUAUAGGGGAGCACCCUGUCUACUCCUGCGUCCUCUCGACGGUGAUGCGCUGUCAGUGCUUUCGUUCCUUGCAUGUGUAGUGUAGCGUACAGUAUAGGGUAGUUUCCGUUAGAGUGCCUGUCUUCGUUUCAUCUGUAAAUGUUAUGUCUGGUAGCGGACCACAGACGUUUUGAGAGCGGGUUUGCAGUACAAGAUUGUCAAGCAGGAUCAGCAGGUCUGCAUCCCGGCACAGGGCCUCUGGUCAGGAUGGGCUUCGGAGAGGAGCUAUGGUGCCCACAGGCCCACGCCUCCCUCAUGCGGCUGCAGGACUCCGAGCUGCGCCUCAUGGAGCUCGUCAAGAAGUGGAUGACCCAGAGGGCCAAGAGUGACCGCGAGUUCUCCACCCAGCUGCACCAGAUGUCCGUCAUGGUGGAGAAGCUGGAGGGCACUCAGCCUGGCGGAGGCCUGGACUACAUCAGUCACCUGAAUAAGUCGUGGAACGUGUUGGUGAGCCAGACAGAGAGCUUGAGUCGUAUCAUGAAGAAGCGCUCGGAGGAUCUGUCGGUGGGACCCCUGAGCAAGCUCACUUUGCUGAUCCGGGACAAACAGCAGCUACGCAAGUCCUACAGUGAGCAGUGGGUGCAGCUGAACCAGGACCUGUGCAAGGUGACUCAGACCGAGCCCGAGAAGUUAAGAGGCAGCUAUAAGCAAUUGGUCAGGGAAGCUGCUCAGGCCAAGAAAAAGUACCUGGAGGCCAGCAAAGAGCGUGAUCGUGACCGGGCGCGGGAACGCUACGUGAAGGCCACGCUGAAGCUGCACGAGCUGCACAACGACUACGUGUUGGCCGUGCGGGCGGCUCAGGUCCACCACCAGCAGCACUACAGCCAGAGCCAGCCAACACUCCUCUCGGCCCUGCAGACACUGCAGGAGGAGAUGGUCCUAGUGCUGAAGGAGAUUCUGCAGGAGUACUUUGACCUGACAACCCUGCUCCAUGAGGAAGUGGUGUUGGUUCACACGGAGAUGACGAGCGCCCUGAACGCCAUCAGCCCCGAGAGGGAGUACGACAGCUUCAUCCAGCAGAACAGGUCAGUAGCGGAAGUGCCAGCGUGUGUGGAGUUUGACUGCAGUGUUCUGGAGGAAGCGGAGAAACUCCAGGCUGAGGAGCUGGUGCUUAAUGAGCUCACUCUAGAAGGGCUUCAGCACCGGCUGACCACAGUGGAGGACGAGCUGCUGACCUUGACCACCACGCUGGGGAACCAGCAGGCCACAGUCACCCAACUGGAGCUGGACCUGCAGUCUGAGCAGGAGGGCCCGAUACUCAGUGGACAGAGGAUAUAUCAGUACAGUAAGCGCAACGCUCUAGAGGACAGCCGUCAGCAGGUGAUGGUUUCCAUGGUGACGAGGGCGCGGCUGGAGGCCCAGAGGCUGCUGCUGGCCGAGAAGCUCCAGUGGCUGGGCGACCGCGAUCCGCCUCGCAUCGACCUGGACGACGACGACCGCCGCUCCAUCACCUCGUCCACCUCCAGCGGUGGAGAGAGGGAGUUCCGGCUGCCCAACUUGGAUUCGGUCAUGUCUCAUCUCGGUGCCCUCUUCAAGCCCAAGUACACGGUGCCCCCAGCGCUGACCCCAGUGGCUGAGUCGGACAAACCUCUAGCUCAGCAGGGCUGGUACCAUGGGGCGAUCCCUCGCCUAGAGGUCCAGGAACUGCUCAAGAGCGAUGGAGACUUCCUGGUGCGGGAAAGUCAGGGUAAACAAGAGUAUGUGCUCUCAGUGCACUGGGGAGGACAGUGUCGGCAUUUCCUGAUCCAGAGCUCAGAUAACAUGUUCCGUCUGGAUGGUGCAAGCUUCCGCAGUGUCCCUCUGUUGGUGAACCACCUCCGCAACUCCAAUCAGAGUGUCACCAAGAGGUGUGACAUCAGACUCAAAAGACCUAUACUCAAGGACAAAUGGGUUCUGGAACAUGAUGACGUCAUCUUGGGCCAGAGCAUUGGGCGGGGGAACUUUGGUGAGGUGUUUAGUGGUCGUUUACGCUCUGAUAACACUCCGGUGGCUGUUAAGUCCUGCAGGGAAAACUUGGCACCAGAUCUGAAGAACAAGUUUCUAAUGGAGGCCAGGAUUUUGAAGCAGUAUGACCACCCCAACAUCGUGAAGCUGAUUGGUGUGUGCACACAGAAGCAGCCCAUCUACAUCAUCAUGGAACUGGUGCAGGGAGGAGACUUCCUGUCCUUCCUGCGCUCCGAGGGACAUCACCUGAGAUCUCACAUGCUCCUCCGCAUGGCAGAGAAUGUGGCGGCCGGCAUGGAGUACCUGGCCAGCAAGAAGUGCAUCCACCGUGACCUGGCGGCACGUAACUGCCUGGUGGGGGAGCAGAGCGUGGUGAAGAUCAGUGACUUCGGCAUGUCGCGUGAGGAGGAGGACGGUGUUUACUCCGCCGCCGGGGGCAUGAAGCAGAUCCCAGUCAAGUGGACGGCGCCCGAGGCCCUUAACUACGGGCGCUACACCUCCGAGAGCGACAUGUGGAGUUUCGGCGUGUUGCUAUGGGAGACGUUCAGCCGGGGCAUCACCCCGUACACCAACAUGUCCAACCAGCAAACACGCGAUGAGGUGGAGAGAGGUUUCCGGUUGCCAGCACCCAGUAACUGCCCAGCUAAGGUGUACGCGCUGAUGUCACAGUGCUGGCAGUACGACCCCAGGAGACGGCCCACCUUUUCCAAAAUAAGGCUGGACUUAAGUCACUUGUGCCAUUAGUCUCUGUGGAUGACUAAGACUAAAUUAACUGAUGGGGCGUUGGAUGAAGGAGACACCACUGAUCAGCUAUGGACCCUUUCAAGAGAGUUCCAUUAUCAGCAUCAUAGUUGGCCCCACAAGGCUUCCGUUUUAACAUUCCUUAAUGCAGAGGAAGUAGAUUGGGAACCAAAUAGAAUGUUCAAGCAUUGUUUUUGUUUUUAUUGUUGAAAGGGUCAAUAAUAAUGAUCUCCUACAGAUGCACAUGGGACGACAACAGACAUGACCUGCCUUCGGUUUUUAAACAGACAGGGGUCCAAGUUGAAGCCCUGACCUCCUGUUUUCUCCUGGGCUUGGCAUGCUGCACUGCCCGGUCCCUGUGCUUGAUCCCCGCUGGGGCUGCCUGAAGUCCUCUGAGGUGCCUGGUGCCUAGAUGGGUUGGCGAGAGUGUGUUUUCUCAUUACAGUGUGUGUCUGCGAUACCAUGCUUGGGUGUGCCUCUUCAUACUGUCACUUGAACAGGUGCCAUUCAGGUGUGUAGCUCCUCAUACCUCAGCUGGAAUGGCUGGAUAUGUGAAGGUCCCCUAUAGUCACCUGUGUAUGAGACACCUGUGUGUGACCUCACCUGUGUGUGACCUCAACUGUAUGUGACCUCAACUGUAUGUGACCUCACCUGUGAGGUCACACACCUGUUUUCAAGCACUGUGGUUAAUGAAGCCAUCCGUUUGUUAACACAGUCAUACUUUUUUUAAUGCAGCAAAAUAUUUUUUUAUCAAGAGAUAUUUUUUCAGUAAUUCCUUUCAAAAGACAGUACAUCUGUCUUUGGUGCUCUGGCAAUCCAGUUAGAUCCAUACUGAUGCCAGUACAAAGCCUUUAUUUAUGCCAUUACAUAUGUCAGUCGUGCACGGGUUUUGGAAAUCCUGAAUGUAAAAAAAAACAGUGAUUUGCAUGUGUCCCAGCUACCAUUAAUAGUGCCAUAGCAUGGUUUGUUUGAGAUUGUAAUUAGAUUUAUGUAUUUAUAUAUAAUUAUAAAGAUUAAUUCCCUUCCAUGCAAUUCUGUUAGAGGUUAUAGAAUGUGUUUGUGCUUGAUAGAAUGUUUGAAUUUUUGCAACAGAUUUUGUCUUUAUUCUUUAUUCUAUGAUCUUUAAUAUUUUGACCAGGACACAGGCCUUUCUAAUUUGAACUUGGUUUCAGCAUUCUCCUAUGGUUUGUCUUCUUGUGUGAAUAUGUUUCACAUGUAUUGGUUCUGUGAAUGGGAUUGUAUGUAUAUUUGUUUGGAUGGCAUAUUACUUUUUGUAAAACAUCUUCAUCACACCUACAGUAAUUAUCAUUUCCCAAGCAGCUUGUAUCUCUGGAUGCAAACAUGAAAGACUUUCAUGUGAAAUAUACACUUUGGUUCAGGGAAUAUAUGCUAUAUCACUCAGACAAUAGCAAAUGUACACAUUCUUAUUGUAAAAAGGUUUUUUGAUAUUAUAAUAUUGAUAUGUUAUAUACAUAUUUAAACUUCAGCUGCCAUAAAGUUGUUUUUUUGGAGUGAAAAAUGA